CUGUCUGUCUUUUCCCCUUUGUCUUCAAACAAGUGUUGCUAGUUUGCUGUGGCUGCUUUCUCAGUUGUCUAGAUGGAUUCAUAGGGGAUCUGGAGGGGAUCAAAUCAGCCCCCAGAAAGCUGGGUCCUUCCAUAAUCUUGGGAUUCUUUCUCUUUUCUCCAGAUAAAGGAGCAAAGAUCCAACAUGAAGGCAACUUGUUGGGUGAUCCUGGUUGGCAUUUAUCUGCUCCUCAUCACCUGCUGCUGGGCAGAAGAAGGACUGGACUUCCCCACCUAUGAUGGGAAAGAUCGUGUGAUUGACCUGAGCGAGAAGAAUUACAAGCAAGCCUUGAAAAAGUAUGAAAUGCUCAGUGUACUUCUCCAUGAGCCUGUGACUUCGGACAAAACCUCCCAGAGACGUUUUCAGAUGACGGAGAUGGUGCUGGAGCUUGCUGCACAAGUUCUAGAGGAUAAAGGCAUUGGUUUUGGGUUAGUGGAUUCCAAGAAGGACGCAAAGCUUGCCAAAAAGCUAGGUUUGGAUGAAGAAGGAAGCCUUUAUGUCUUUAAGGAGGACCACAUUAUUGAGUUUGACGGACAAAUGACAGCAGAUGUCUUGGUAGAAUUUCUCUUAGAUCUGAUGGAAGACCCAGUGGAGAUCAUCAACAGCAAGCUGGAGUUGCAGGCCUUUGACCAUAUGGAAGAGGAUAUGAAACUCAUUGGCUACUUCAAAGGAGAAGAUUCAGAACAUUACAAAGCAUUUGAGGAGGCAGCUGAACAUUUCCAGCCCUAUGUCAAGUUCUUUGCCACUUUUGAUAAAGGGGUGGCAAAGAAACUGGGUCUGAAGCAAAAUGAGGUGGAUUUCUAUGAGCCAUUUAUGGAUGAUCCAGUCCGUAUCCCCGACAAGCCAUAUACAGAGGAAGAACUGGUUGAGUUUGUGAAUGAGCAUAGAAGGGCCACCCUUCGCAAGUUACGCCCGGAAGACAUGUUUGAAACCUGGGAGGAUGACAUGGAUGGAAUUCACAUUGUGACAUUUGCUGAAGAAGAUGACCCUGAUGGCUUUGAAUUCCUAGAGGUUGUUAAGCAGGUUGCCAAAGACAACACUGAUAAUCCUGAUUUGAGCAUUGUCUGGAUUGACCCAGAUGACUUUCCUUUGCUCAUCUCAUACUGGGAGAAGACCUUCAAAAUUGACCUAUUCAAGCCACAGAUUGGAGUUGUUAAUGUCACAGAUGCCGACAGUGUCUGGAUGGACAUCAAGGAUGAUGAUGACCUUCCCACAGCUGAGGAAUUGGAAGAUUGGAUAGAAGAUGUACUUUCUGGGAAAAUAAACACUGAAGAUGAUGAUGUUGAUGACGACGACGAUGAGGAUGACAAUGAUAAUGACGACGACGAUGACGAUGACUAAGUUCCAAAUCUCUGAAAUCUGGACAUUAAAAUCUAUACGCCUGGUGAUGUUAAGCAUUACAGUUUCUGUAGAACUUGGAAAGACCGUCUCUAAGGGCCAUUGAAGACUCACGGCCUUGUUUCCUGUCCUGUGUAUGUUCUCCCAAAAUAUUUCCUAUUCUUGCUUUACAAAGGUGUUAACCAAGCAUAAGGCAUACUAAAAUCAAUUUAAAAUGGUGAAUGCUUAGCAUUUCAGCUCUUUGCAAACCUCUCUCUUUAGUUUAUUGAUAGGAAUAAGAGGGGAAAAUACAGAAUUAUCAUAGAACAAUCUAUGAGCUGUAAGGCACUUAAAAGAGUUUACUGGCUUAUCGAAAAGAGAAAUUUGUAUUUUCUGUGCUGCUUAGCUUUUUUGCAACAAAUUUUUCUAAGUGAAGAAUAAAGAGAAUUGUUGAGACAGACUUUACAGGAUAUUUAUUAAAGAGAAUCUAAAAUCACUUGAUUAAAUUGUCAUCAAAGUA